AUGGGUUUUGGGAAGGAGAGGAGAGGAUACUCCAGCGGAGGAAAGGGGAGGGCGAAGCUCAUGAAGGCGAAGCUGGUUCUCACAAAAGCUGGUCGAAGGAAAGUAGAGUUUGUACCAGUCAAGUCAACACCUUCGCCGACCAAGUCCGUCCAUGGGUCUCCAAGUCCAAAACGAAGGAAAACGGGUCACCAAGACGCUAUGCAGGAUGGAGGGGUGUUUGUUCAAUUCCAGGAUAAUGGAGACGCAGAUGCGCCCAAGAAAUCGAUGGACUCGAACGACUAUAUGUUGGAAUGGAUACCCAAAGAAAGGCUGUAUCUUGACGAGAUCAUCAAACGCGAGGCCCCUCCCAGCUCUCUAGUAUGCGAUUCCUGUGGCUCAGAAGAGUCCCCUUCCUGGUGGCGAUGCCGGGACUGCACUGCGUGCUCUCUGUCUUGUUUCCACUGCUUCAGAAGUCUGCACGAUCACCUGCCGUUCCAUAGAGUGGAAACACUGUCGGAACACCAUUUCUCCCCCUCCUGGCUAUGGCAUUGUGGCGUCUACAUCAACCUUUGCAUCCACAAUGUCUGUCGUUCCGACGAUACGCCCAAUUUCAGCACCUCGAGUAGCGACGAAGAGACUGGCCAUAUUGACGACGAACAAGACUGGUUAGACGCCGAUGAUUGCAGCUUUGGCGCUAAGCCUCGAGGUCGCAUUUUACACGGCAUGAAGGUCGUCACCGUGGUCCACGGAAACGGUGUCCAUCAUCUCCCAUUUCUAUACUGCUCUUGCCUGGAUGCCCCAGAACCGGAGGUACAGAUGCUUCGACUGGGCUUUUAUCCUGCAACAUCGAAGGAUAUUCGUACUGUGUUCACCUUCUCAAUGCUGGAUGAAUAUCUUUUGGAGACCAUCGAAUGUUAUACGUCAACACACCACUACUACUCGAAGCUUCGCCGACUUACAAAUGAACCAUACCCUGAUACCGUCGCGGAUCGGACCAGAGAACUUAGGCGUGUAGGACGUCAGUGGAGAAAGCUGAAAGAACUCAAACGACAUGGGUAUGGUCACCGAACUGAGGAACCUGGAAAAGGCGACCUGGCGCUCUUCUGUGCGGCAUGUCCGCAGCCUGGUGUGAACCUCCCUGAAGACUGGAAACAGGACAAAGAUGAUUGGAAGUAUACCCGAAGCUUUGUCGCAGACGGUAACUUCACUUGCAUCCAUCGCAAACAGAAGAACAGCGAUGUGGAAGUGGGAUUGAAGAACGGCGAAGGGUACAUGACGGAAACCAGGCGAUACCGCAAGCAUCUAGCCACGGCAAAGGAAACGAGCGAGGCCCCAACCUGCCAUGAACAUCGAGCCAUCGCGGACAAAUCGAAAGUUCGCAAAGGUCUAGAUGCGACGGGUAUUGGUGCCAUAGCCUGUAUGAGGCAUGGCGCGUUUGCUCCAGGUUCUGUGGUGGAUUUCCAGAAGGGAGAACGCCAAGUGAACAUGGACUACGCACUUUCAGAGGCGCUGAAGCUCUCAAACAUGGAGGAUAUCCGGCGGGUCAUCUUCGCUUAUGACAUUAACUGCCAGUAUAGCAAGAAGUUGUUCGAGCGCCUACACACUGGGGAGUAUCUGGAGCUCGACGAAAGCCUUGUCUUCAUUUUUGGGAUCGGUCUGUUCCAUGUACAUGGACACCAGGAAGCCUGUCUGCCAAGGUAUUCCCUCACAUUCAUUCGGGGUGCUGGUGUCUCUGCAGGGGAGAUUCUGGAGUCUUUGUGGGCGGUUAUCAAUGAGGUUGCGCGAUGCACCUCAACGAUGACACUCGCGCACCGACUCGAGGUGCUAGACGCCAUAAUAGCCGACAGCAAUUGGAAGAAGAUGCUUAAAUUAGUUUCGGUGAUCUGCAAAAAUUGGAAGAACGCCGGACGACAGUACGCUAAGGCCAAAGAAGACUUCGAUUUGCUCAACGAGACCGCCUCACCAGCCCAGAGAGUCCAGUGGCAGGCACAGUUGGACGAGGCCCAGGAGAUGAGGACUACGAACGUUGCCGCCAUGGAUAUCCUAUUAGCAAAGAUCGAUCGUCCGCCCACUCUCGCCAAAGUCCAAACAAGGUUAAUGGAAACAGAGAAACAACUUGGGACCGAUGUUGGUAUCACGUCCUGGAUUGCCUUUGGGCUCAGGAUUCAGGAAGCGCAAAGCCUUCCCAAGGAAAAAACCGACCCUCAACAACUCGAGGUCACGAGAAGGCGCGAGUCGUUGUACACAGACAUUAACGGUCUCUACGAAACAGCCGCAACCCUCUUCCCUGACGCAGAUCUUGUUAACCUAAAGUUUGACGGGCCUCCGAGGGAGCGUGUUGACCUAGACGACGACGAGGAAUCCGACGAGGAGGAGAAUCCAUUUUCCCUAUCCCAGAACGAAAUGGAAGACGUCAAGAUACCGCUCCCUUCCUCUUUCUCCGACCGAGACAUGCCAGCAACUCUUUCUCGCGCAAAGGCCAAGGAACUUGAUCUUCGAAUUGCGCAGGCGGACGACGUACUAGAAACAAUACGCACCGAAAUUGGCCACAAGUCGUUCCUAUAUCGAUCAAACAUUCGUCUGGCUGAAGGAAAGAAGCAAAAGACCAGGGGAUACACGGCCGUUAGUGCAGUCAACCAGCGACUUCGCGACUCGAUUCGGAUCUACAACCAGACUAGAUGGGCCAUGCGACGGCUGGGCGCUAACGACUCUGUUAUCCGACGGUAUCGCGCUCUAACGCCCGAGGACACCAGGGCAGUCACAACAAUAUAUCAGCCAAACAUGCGUGGAGAAAGAAAUCGGCCUCUCUCUUGGAUCUGGAACCUGGAUGUGAGUGGCGACUCUGCUCGGUCGGACUAUCUGGAGGAAUUGUACCGGGUGAAUUGGCUACGUGCGCGAUCCCGGGUUGACCGUUGGAAGGAGGAAUAUGUUCUCCUGUCUUCGGAAAUGGUAUGGGUUCUCAAUUUCUUCGAUUUCAGGCGGAAGAAAUGCUUGGAAUGGAUAGGACUACGGGAGGAUUCACCUGGGCAUGUUGCUUAUGCUCAUCGGCAGGCCGAGAUGUGGAAGUUGUUGUAUGUGCAGGCAGAGAAAGCUUUCCUUAAGGUCCGAAAAUCGUCGACUACAUCGAACGCCUAA